AUGUCCUCCGGUGCAGCGCUUCAGAUCGUAGACGCAGCGACCGCGGACUACCCAGCCGUAGCCAAGGGCAUGAAAGAUGAAUCCAUCAUCGAGAAGCAAGAGCCUCAUACUUCAGCAUCUGAGGAGCUCAUCGGCCCCAAUGGCGAGCAAUACCCUACUGAGGAAGACUGGACCACCUUGCGCCGCGUCUACGGCAAGGUUAACUGGAUGAUCUAUAUUAUCGGCAUAGUCGAGAUGUGCGAGCGUUUCGCAUACUAUGGAACUACAGCCGUUUUCGUCAACUUCAUCCAGCAAGAGCUUCCCACUGUGGGGCCCUUCCCAUCCGCGGGUGCUGCGGGUACGGAUGGUCAGGCUGGUGCUCUGGGUAUGGGCCAGCAGGCCUCGACUGGUCUCGUUCAGUUCAACCAGUUCUUCUCUUAUGUCAUGCCCAUGGUUGGUGGUUGGCUCGCUGAUGAGUACUGGGGCAAGUUCAAGACCAUCUAUGUGGCCAUUGUGCUUGCUACAUUCGGCCAUAUCUUGAUCAUUAUUGCUGCCAUCCCCAAAGUCAUCGCAACUCCGAAUGCAGCGCUGGGCGUGUUCAUCAUCGGUCUGAUCCUGUUCGGAAGCGGAGUCGGCUUCUUCAAGUGCUGCAUUUCUCCACUCGUGGCCGAGCAGUACGAACACAGCCACCCAAAGGCUUUUCUCCGCACCGAGCCGAACGGUGAGCGCGUGAUUGUGGACCCUGGUAUCACGAUCUCGCGUGUCUACAUGCGGUACUACCUCCUCAUCAACGUUGGUGCUCUGACUGGGCAGAUCUCGAUGGUGUACGCUGAGAAGUACGUUGGCUUCUGGCUCUCCUACCUCCUGCCCACCAUCCUGUUCAUCUUCUGUCCUCUUUUGAUGUUGGGCUUGAGCAAACACUAUGUCAAGAAGCCCCCGCAGGGAGACGUGUUAGUCAAGGCGGUGAAGCUGUACGGCUUCGCUAUGCGCGGCAAAUGGUCCAUCAAUCCGGUGCGCACAUGGAAGAACCUGUCGUCCCCCAACUUGUGGGAUGGAGCCAAACCCAGCAAUCUCGCUACGAAGCCUACCUGGAUGACAUUCGAUGACGCCUGGGUGAAUGAGGUGCGCCGCGGCAUCAAAGCCUGUCAAGUCUUUCUCUGGCUACCGAUCUUCUGGCUUCCCUACGGUCAGAUGACGACCAACCUGGUCUCACAGGCCGCUACGAUGGAGCUGAACGGUGUCCCCAACGACGUCAUCCACAACCUGAACCCAUUCACGCUGAUCAUCUUCAUCCCCAUCUUCGACAAGUUCUUCUACCCGCAGCUCGCGCGCAUGGGAUUCAACUUCACGCCUCUGAAGAAGAUCCAGGCGGGUUUCGUGUGCGCGAUGCUCAGCAUGGUAGUCGCAGCGCUGAUCCAGCACUUCAUCUACGAGAAGUCGUCUUGCGGCAAGUUGGCAAGCAGCUGCGACACCCCACCCCCCUUGACGGUGUGGGUGCAGGCGCCCGCAUACCUGCUGAUCGCGUUCUCGGAGAUCUUCGCCUCGAUCACGGGGCUGGAGUACGCGUACACCAAGGCGCCGAAGAACAUGCGAUCCUUGGUGACGGGCGUGUUCUGGUUCACGCACGCGUUCUCGUCUGCGAUUGCGCAGGCGUUCGUGCCUCUUGCCGCGGACCCGCUCUUGGUGUGGUUGUAUGUCACUAUUGCGAUUCUGACUUUCUUUGGGUGGGUGGCGUUCUGGUGGACGUUUAGGGCUCUGGACAGGGAGAACGAUACGCUCGAUAAGCUUCCCGAGGGCGACUUCCUUUCAAACUCGGAGGCGCUGGCGGCGAAGAACGCGAGCGCGGACAAGGCUUGA